AUGUCAAUUGCUACAUCAAAUCGAUGUCUAAACGAACUCGCACAAAUUCAGGAUGGAGGUAAACUUGCUUCAUUGUCAAGAGGAGCAUUAAUCAAUGAUAUAUACGACGAUGGCUAUGAUGAUACUGAAUUAGAAUCCUUCGAUCAAGAAUUACAUCGACUUGAACCGUUAAAAAGAAAACCAGAAAAACAAUCAUCGGUGUCGUCAUCUACACCUACACCUUCACCUCCACCAAUUAGACAACCCGAUACUUCAACUACGCCAUCGAUUAAAAAUGUUAAAGUUAACAAAACAGUUCCAGUAAAAGAUGCUUUGUAUUGGUGGAGAAAUGAUCCACUUAUUAAUGUCCAUCAUGAACAUUGGCAUGUAGUUUUUGUUAAUAGUCCAGUUAACGUAGCAAAAGUCGCAGCUUUACCAAAUUAUCGAGAACCUAUACCUGAUGCUUUUUAUCCACCUUCCCAUUUAUAUGAAAUCGUUAAUAAUAAAGUUGUUCACUUUCCAUCUCGUCCACCUGGUCAAGUUUUUCAUGAUACAGUUGUUAUGACACAGGAUAAUCGUAAAGACGAUACAUCAUAUACACUUAAAGAAUUGGAAAAUGCUUUGAUAACAUUGGAAAAAUGGAUUGAUGGCGAAGAGACUUAUCUUAACCCAUCUAACUUAUUAAAUGACCCUAAUGGAAAUACUGAUUUAGGUGCUGUCAUUGAAGACGUAUUACAUAAUGUUGGGCACGCAAUGCUUGGUCGCGUUAUGGCUCCCAAUGAUACUAAUGCUCCACCAGGUGUUUUGGUUGGUGCUCGUGCAGGGUGUCGUGAUCCAUUAUUUUGGAGAUGGCAUCGUCACAUUGAUGAUAUUUAUGUUAGAUGGCAAACUAGAUUAGGCUUGAACAUGUUCAGUAAUGAUAUCCCACCAAUAAAAAUUGGAAAUAAUGACAUUUUCCUUGCAUUUAAAGACGAGCUAUUUAAUCUUGAUAAAGAUGGUGAUCAUAAUGGAUGGGUUAAAUAUGCCAAGAAAACAAUCGGUGGUAAUAAUUUUGAUAAAACAUUGGUAAAUGUUACCGGAUUCACCAACGAAUUACAAACUACUAUGAAACAAAGAGUUCAUGUUUGGCUUGAAGAUACCAAUGAUAAAGAAAUCAUUGAGUUUAUGUACCCGAGAGAAUUCUUUACUUUCUUCCGUAUUGAAAAUCUAUCAUCUAAAUCAUUGCCAGUAACGUUUAGAGUUUUUAUCGUUCCAGAGGUAUUUAUGGAUUCGUAUGUUCACUGGAUAGAACUUGACAAAUUCAAAAGAAUAUUGAAACCAUAUGAGAAAACCAUAAUAUCACAAGAUUGCGACCAGUCAAUUGGUAUACGUAAACCAGCACAAAAGACUAUUAGACAAAUGGAAAAAUCCACCCAGAUGACACCUGAUUACGUGAAUUCACUAGACCAAUUAACAUUAGAUAAACAAUCUGAAGCGAUAUUUUGUGGUUGUGGUUGGCCAUACCAUAUGGUGAUUCCAAGAGGAACGAAGGAAGGUCUUCGAUUUAAAAUGAUGGUUUAUGUAUCAGAUGGUAAAGAUGAUAUGAUUCCUGUUGCUCCAACAUGUGGAAGUCAAUUAUUAUGUGGUGGUAGAAAAUGGAGAGAUAAAUAUCCUGAUAAACAUCCAAUGGGUUAUCCAUUUGAUAGACCUUUUAUAAAUAAAUCAUUUUAUCAAACGUUUGCUCAUUUACCAAAUGUUGCUAUACGAGAUUUUACAAUUCGUUGGGUUGAAGAUUUUCCUUUAUUAGUUCCUUUAAAUAAUUAA